AUGUCGUCUUCAAGCAUGAUGCGAUAUGAUACAAACUACCCACUGUAUGGAAUGGCCUUCUCCAAUUCAUCUUCACAUCCAUUUCGAAUAGCUUUGAGCACUUUAUCACCUUCAUCAUCCAACAAGAUCAUUGUAGUGGAUCAAAACAAAGAUCAACAUCAACAUCAACAUCAACACCAUCAUCAUCAUCAUCAUCACUAUCAUCAUCAAUCGAAUUCCUAUUCUUCUUCCUCGGGAUCCGGAUCUGGAACAAGUGGAAGUUCUGACUUUGAGUCAUUAGCUUCGACAUCAUUAGGCUUCCCCGCCACAAAGAUAGGAUGGGAACCUAAAGAAUCAUUGUCGGGUGUGGGAUAUGAAGAUAAUGGAGGUAGAGGAGAAUUAAUAGCUACUUCAGGAGACGCAUUGAGGAUAUUCGAUAUCACAAAAGAUUGGAAUAACGAUAUAGGAGGAACAACAGGAACAGGAGGUGGAUAUGUAGGGAAAAAUGGUUGGAAUAACGAUAAUGAAGCUAACUGGAGUAUCAAAAGUAGAAGUAUGUUAUCGAAUAGCAAAACAACUCACGCGUCUUUACCGCCUGUAACGUCUUUCAGUUGGAAUCCAAUACAAACAAAUUCAAUCGUAACUUGCUCAAUAGAUACGACGGCCACUUUAUGGGAUAUAAAUACCUCUCAAGCACUGACGCAGCUUAUUGCUCAUGAUAGAGCGGUGUAUGAUCUAUCGUGGCUACCUGAUUCUUCAGAUAUAUUCGUCUCAGUGGGCGCGGAUGGAUCUCUACGGGCUUUUGAUUUGAGACAACUGGAACAUUCAACUAUUCUUUAUGAAUCAAGUAAAGAUACACCUUUGGCAAGAAUAGCGUUCAGCAAGAAACAACAACAUAUGAUGGCAUGUUUCGGUUUGGAUGACUCCAAGAUCAUGGUACUAGAUAUGAGAAGUCCAGGACAACCAGUCGCUGAGUUAUUAGGACACCAAGCUCCUUUAGGAGCAAUAGCUUGGGGAGCACCUGGAAGAGGUGAAUCGACUGGAGGAGGAUGGUUAGCAAGCUGUGGAGACGAUUCUCAAUUGUUGUUAUACGAUUUGACUUCACCUUUACCUGAAUCAAGACCGACAUCCACAAAACCAGUUUCUAGAUCAAAUUCAUCGAACCCAUACGCUCUAUCACCGCCCAUAACGCCUAAUUCACAAGGCAGAUCAUCAUCAUCACAAGGCGAUCCAUUAGAGAUUUUACCUGUCAGAGGUUGGACUUCAGAUUCAGAAGUUAACAACCUCGCUUUCUCAGAGAAGGGUGAUUAUGUAGGAUGCGUAAGUGGAGGAAGAUUGAAUGUUCUAAGUAUGUAA